AUGAAUAUAAAAUCAUUAAAAAAAUCAUUAUUUAUUAUAUUUAUAAUCGUUUUUUUAAUAUUAUUGAUUUCGAGUAAUUUGAAUAUUACUUUCAAGGAUAGUAAUAAUGAUAUUAAAAGUUUUGAAAAUAUCAAUUCAAACAAAGAAAAUAAUAUAAUAAUACAAGAUGAAAUAAAUAAUGAUAAUAAUAAUAUAGAUAAUAAAAAUAUAGUUAAUAGUAAUAAUAAUGUUUUAAAAAGUAGUGAUAAAAGUACAAAUAAAAAUACUAUAAAUAUCAAUAACGAAUUUAUUUUUGAUAAUAGUAAUAAAAACAAUAACAUUAAUAAUAAUAAUGAAAGUAAUGAAAGUAAUGAAAGUAUCCAAAGUAAAAAAAGCGAAGAUUUUAACAGAUUUGGGGAGAGCAAUGGAAAUAGUAAAAGCAGUGAAGAUAGUGAAAAAAGUUUAAAUAAAAAUAAUAGUAAUGAUUUUAGAAGUAAAAUUAACUCGAAUAAUGAAAGAGGUGAAGAUAAUGAAAGCGAAGAAAGUAAUGAAAAUAGCAACACUCUAUAUAAAGAACAAGCUACACGUGUUUAUAUUACAAAAGAAGAAGCAGAAAGAAGAAAAAGAGAAAAAAUAGAAAGACUCAAUUAUAACAAUAAUAUGACAGUUAUUGAAUCAGCAAUGUUAUCAAAGUUUUCAAUUGAAGAAUGUAGAAAUGAAAUUAAAUAUUUAAUUAAAAAUGAUAUUACGCAACCAACAAUAGCCUCAAUAAAACAAAUGCCAGGUUAUCCAGGCCCAAGAGAACCAUACUAUGAUUAUGAUGAAUAUUUAGACACUGAAUGGAAGGAACAGCCAGAAAACAAUACUCUAUUACUACCAAAACCACAUAUAUUUAUACAUAUGCCAAAAACAGGAGGAACAUCAUUAUUAAAAGUAUUCAGAAAAAAUAAUAAAUCAUUUAAAUUCUAUCAUGGCACUAUUCAUCCAACCUAUCCAGAGCUUCAACAUAUCACAAGAAAAAGCACUCUCUUUGGUCAUUUUAGAUUUGGUUUACAUAAAUAUUUUAAUGACAUUCCCAAACUAUCUUUACCAAGUGAUGCAGAGGAGCCAUAUUUUAAUCCAUACAGUUAUCUUACCAUGUUAAGAGAUCCUGUUGAACGUACUAUAUCACACUAUUACUUUUUAAAAGAAAGUAUUAGCCAUCCUUUACACAAAGAGACCCUUAAUAGAACACUUUUAGAAUGGACUGCAGUGUCACCUACAUCAAAUAACGAGUUUUGUCGUCGUAUGGUUGGCAUUGAUAGAAACGUAGAAACUCCUAUCGACUUUGAACAGUUAUGUAUCCAUCGUUUAAAAUACACAUUCAAAUAUAUUGGUAUAAUGGAAAGAUUUGACGAAUCAAUCGUAUUACUAUCUCACAAACUUGGUUACACCAAAUUAUUAUUCCCAAAUGAAAAUGUCGGUAAAAUUAGAGCCACUCACACCAAAGAAACCUUAACUAAAGAAGAAAGAACACUUAUAGAACGUUUAAACACUGCAGAUAUCAAAGCAUACAAAAUUGCAUUAGAAAUAUUCGAAAAAGAAAUUGAUUUGGUUGGAAGAGAUUUCUUUAACAACGAAGUAACUCAACUCAAAAAUAUAUAUAUUAAAGAAAACGGUCCAGUCGAAACACUUUAUAUCAAUGAUAAAAGAUCUAAAAAAAAUAAAUUGUCAAAUAUUAAAAAAGAACCAGUAAUAUAUAUAACUGGAAAUGGAAAUGAUAUAGUCACAAACAGCAAAGAUUCAAAUAAUAAUAAUGGGGGUAAUUUAAAUACCAAUAACAAUAAUAAUAAUGAAGUUAAUAAUGAUGGAGGAAAUUUAAAUAUUGUAAAUAGCAAUAGUAACAGUUUGAGCGGUAAUGGAGGUAACAUCAAUAAUAACUUUAGCGAUAGCAAUAAUAAAAACAAUAAUAAUGAUGGCGGCAAUUUAGAAAAUUAA